CUUCGCCACACAUAACCCAACCUGUCUAUGUUCAUCCACCUCAAACUGUAAACACAGUGCAGCACAGACGGCUGUGAAUCUCAUAUCAACCUGAAUCGCUCCUCUCCUCCUCUCCCUCUUUACUUAUAACUAUCAUUAUGAAGCGAAUCUCUGCGAGCAGUCUUCUGUGGGCGAUCACCGCGAGUGCACAAUUAGUUGUCCCGAAUAUCGCCGCGGAGGAACUUAAUCCGGAUCAAAUCCAGUGUCCGAUAGAAAACGGUGCUUUUUGUCUCGACGGGAAUACACUGGUCAGGUGUGCGAACUAUGUUGGGACUGUGGUAGACUGUGGACAAGAGCUAGCUCAUAUUGCACCCACAGAGCUCAGAAGUGGUUUCUGUAAGUCCAUUAACCUUUCCUUCUUUGCAGUCUCCUAGAUCAGACCCUGACUGCAGUGUAGGUUACAAUUCGCAGACCGACAUCACCAAUGCAUCCUGCGGCAAGGCCAGCUUCGUUUAUCCUGAGGGGGCUGCCCCGUUCAAAAUAGAUACCUACAACGGAGUCC